AUGUGGAACGCUCCAGGCGCGGGCGCCGCAGCCGCAGCCGCAGCCGAGCCGGGCCGGGCGCUGCGCAGCCUCCCCGGGACGCGGGCAGCCCUGGGGCCUCCAGCCGAACAGAAUGACCAGCUUUGCCACCCUUUGGCAGAGGUGCGGGGACCUGGCUGCCCCCAGGAUUUGGGUUUGGCAGACCGUCCCCCGAGAGAAGCAAAGUGCCUGUCCUGUCGCCCGGCGCUGCAAGCCGGAGAGGUGAAAGGGAAGGUUAAAGAGAGGCGGCUGAGUGGCUCCCGUCAAAAAGACUCGCUGAACACAACAAAGUCAUUCAAGCCCUGCUAACGUCCGCGGGUUUUCAGGUGCAUAAAACCCCGGAUGCGUUUGACGGGCCGAAAGGAGACAGCUCUGGUCCCCUCCCUCCUCUCCUGGUCAUACAGCUUCCUGAGCUCAUGUUUCACUGCAUCCAGCCCUGCUAGCUCUUUUGGUCUGGCAAAGAGAAAUCCAAGCCCCUGCAGUAAAAAAAGGAUGAAUAGUAACUCGGGGCAUAGACAUCUGUUCGGUUUGAAGCUUUCCAAGUGCCUUUGAAGUGCUGCAAAAAGCAGUGGUGCAGACGCACACGCCUGACGAGGCACUUCAGAGAUGCCCGUUCCGCUUCAGAAAUGACCCUGGGAAAAAAACAGCAACGCCUUUGAAGUGCUUCACUCCAGAGCGCUUCAUGUCACAUUGGCACCCUCCAGCAGAGCCCCAUAGGGAGUUGCUCGGUCCUCCAGCAUCCCACGGUGCUCUGCUCCCCACCCCUCCACACAGCUCGAAGCAGCUGCCUCAGUGACUCACAGUGAUCUCCACUGCUCUGAGCUCGCAGAAUCAAGCUCACAUGUGGCCGUGGUUAUUGAUUUUUGGGCACGACGGCAAGCCAAGCCCUCGCUUUGCCUGACCCCUGCCCCAAGGGCUCAGCCUCUGUUGUACUGGGAUAGCAUUGAGGACCCUCUCAGAGCGGGUCCCCCGAGGCCAGCACCCAUGAUGUCACUGCAAAUCCCUCCUGCCCCACCUGCAAAGCGCUCUACCAACUGGAGGGAAUCGGAGGUGAUGGACCUGCUGGACAUUUGGGGCGAGGAGGACAUUCAACGGGCGCUCCGGACAACCCGUCGCAACCAGGCUGUCUACGAGCGCAUUGCCUCUGAAAUGACACUGCGGGGGCACAACCGCGACUGGCACCAGUGCCGCGCCAAGGCCAAGGUGCUAAAGGCACACUACAAGAAAGCCCGCGAGGCCAAUCGGGCUGGUGGCGGCUGCAAGGUGACAUGUGCCUACUACGAGGAGCUGUCACAGAUUCUAGAGGAGGACGACUCCACAGAGGCCCUCUACAUCGUCGACAUCGGUGGCAACCCUCAAGCCACUGAAAUCUCUGAUGCCUCUGACCGGGAGGAGAAGGAGGACACUCCAGUUCUAGCCCCCAUCAUCAUCAAGGAGGAGGCACUAGAGAUUCAGGAAGAGUCCCCAUCCUCACAGGAGACCUCCGAUGAGGUGGACAUCAAACCACCAGCCCCGUUCUGGCAGGACAUCCUCCUGACCUCACACCAGACCGGAUCAUCAGCCUUGUGUCCAGCUGCGUCCUCCUCUCAGCCAACUGUGCCUUCCACGUUCCCAACACCUGGGCAUCUGCCGACUGUCCUCUCGCAGACACCACCAAGCGCUGCCCCACAGCUGAUGACAGCAGGCCAAGCCUCUCCUUCCCCAGGACCCAGCUGCCUGGGGAUGCAGACAGACUGGCUGGGCACACCACCCCCUGGCCCUGGGGAGAUGAGCAUUUCAUCAGAGCACAAGUCUCUGGGGAAGCAAGUCACAAGCAACCUGCAAACGUUGUCGCCGAUCAUAGAGCUGAAUGUUGGUGGGGAGAUGUACAUAACAACUCUGAGUACCUUGAAGAAACACCCAGGCUCCAAGCUGGCUGAGAUGUUUACAGGCCAACCCAAGCUCCGGACCGACUCCGAGGGGAGGUACUUCAUUGACAGGCCAGGGACCUAUUUUAAAUACAUCUUGGAAUAUCUCCGUAGUAACCAAGUGCCCACCCAAUGUGUCCAGGAUGUGUAUAAAGAGGCCUUGUACUAUGACAUUGAGCCUCUGAUCAAGCAGCUGGAAGAUUCCCCGCAGAUCUUUGGUGAGCUGGUGGCAAGGAAGCAGUUCCUGGCCCGUGUGCCCAGCUACAGUGAGAACAUUGAGCUGAUGAUCCGCAUCGCCAGGGCGGAGGCGGUCGCUUCCCGUCAGUCUAGCGUCAUGGUCUGUGUGGUCAGAACUGAGGAGGAUGUGGCCAAGUGUCACGAAGCCCUGAACAGUUUGGACACGGAUAAGAAAUCGGUGGUGAAGUUCGGCCCCUGGAAGGCGACGCCAACUAUUUCUGACCUGCUGGACUGCAUCAAAAUGGAUGUGGAAGCCAAAGGGUACAAUGUUUCCAUCCAGCCCCACGUCGCAGAGAAAGGCUUCCGGUUCAAAUCCUAUGACUUUUUUUACAAAUUUGUCUUCACGUGGUGGUAGCAAAACGCCACCCCUGGCAAGGAUUGUUAUUAAAACAAAGAGACUUUAAUGCAAACAGCCUUGAAUGGUAGCCCAUCAGUGCCCUUCCUGCAGAACCAUUUGGGAACCGCGUGCGGACUUUCCGCAGAGUCUCUUUGUGGACUUUGUGGACUUUCCGCAGAGUAACAUGGGCCAGGGGAAGGAUCUCUUGUGUUGUCCUCUGCAAAGUUAAUGAGGAAUCAGGACUGUUUUAAUAGAAAGGUAAUAGAAAUGUAAUACACUAAAACUCAGAUCAUUUAUAUGAUCGUUUGUAUGAAGCAUCUGGGUUUUAACCCCGUGAAAUAUCCAGGUUUUGCUAUCCACUGGGCUUAUUCCUGCUAUAACUUUCAGUCAUUUUAUGCCUGCUCUCCUGAGAAGUGACAGGCCUGGCAGAGCCAGUACAGAUCCAGAAUAGGCUAAAUUUCACUUAACUUGUGCGUUGUCAGCUCCAAUGAGGGACGUGUGUUAAAGGUGGGGUAAAGCCCCUGCUUUGUGCUGUCCCAAACCUGAGUGCCAUGUGCAGGGCUAGUGCAAAUGAGCAGCCAGUUUCAUUCCUAAAAGCCCUGAGAGAUUAAAACUGCUGUCAGGACCCAGAGCAGGAUAGGGAUGCACUGUCCUUCCCCUUUUCCCUCUCACCUAAUUCUAUGCCAGAAGCCAGGACUGGCAGUAGAAGAGAAAACUCUCUGCAAUGCACUGCCACCAAAAGAUCCCCUUGGCUCUGUGGGGAUCCUUCUGGGACCUGCCAACCAGUUUGACUGCAAGAAACAACUGUGGGAGCAGUGCAAACAUUCAAAGGACCCAAUCCAUAAUGUUUAUUUUUGAGGAACAGGGAGGAUAAUAGGCAGCUCCACCUCCAGACACGAGGUUGCAUUUCCAGGGUGGCAGGGGCAUGGGGAUCAUCUUUGUAGAGCAGCCCAUCAGAUCUGGCAGUGUCAGUGGGACGGAAUAAAUGCAGGACACCAAGUCCUUAGUUUGAUUAUAACUUCACUCUGAAGGUCCUUUAGAUUAGUUAUACAUAUUCAGAUGAAAGUCAUAUGAGCACAUGCAACUCCCAUUGAACCUCCUGGGAGCUGUGCUCAUUCUUGCCAUGGUUAUAUUUGGUCCUCCACUGAGAAGUUAAAUGCUGUAGCACAGUGGCUUUUAGCCUGUGCUCUGUGGCCACCUGGGGGUCCACAGACUAUGUCUAAGGGGUCCAUGAAAGAUGACUAUGAUCAAUCAAAAGCAGGUGAAUAGCCACAGUUAUAAUUCAAAGGGAUCUGCACCUCCAUUCAAUUUUUUUUUAGGGGUCUGCAAAUGAAAAAAGGUUGAAAACCACUGCUGUAGUACAGUUUGCCCAGCAGGCUGGAUGGGCAGUGCCUGGUCUGUCCACGGGCUGGAUGCCAGUCUGACGCACAAGUCAGAUGUGGCCCCAUCCAGGUGUGGGGAGCGGGAUGGGGCAGCCCGACCUUGAUCCAGCCAUGUGACAUAAGGGGGUUAGCCAGGUCCCAGCGAGGCCCCCCAGGGUGGGGAAGAAGCAUAGCAUAGCCCCAUGAGGGGAAGAGGGUAUGGCCUGGCCCCCUUUCAGCCAUGAUUCGGGUAUGCAGGGGAAGGGGGUUUGGUCUGGCAGAGGGCAUGGCUCAGCCCCACAAGAAGGGUGUAUGGCCCAGCUCCAACCCACUGCACGGGACUUGGGAAUCUAACAUCAGGGGAGGGUGGUGGUAUUAAUCAUCACUGCUCCCCACCACUGCCAAAUUCCUGUGCCAUGGCUCUGCAAGCUGCAUGUGUCUUGUAGGCUGGAGGUUGAGCACCCAUGCCUUUGCAUAGUGUUUGUCAUCCUUUUCCAUACCAGGAUCCCACAUUAAAAAAGAGAAUCAUCAGGGCCCUCUCUCACCAUAAAGAAAGAUGUUAUGCUGUCCAGGCUGACAAGCUAUUCCUAAGCAAAUAUAAUUAUGUUUAUUUUCAUGUAUUGUCUUGCAGUAGGGCCAUAGAGCCCCAGUUCUGGACAAGGACCUCAGUGUGCUAUGUACUGUACAAACACAGAACAAAAACUGUUUGUCAUUUAAGAGGAACAUGCACUCCUCUUGAGUGCAGCUGUGUUUAGCUGCUUUUCUUGCGACAUCUGUUAAUGUCGUCACGUUGCAAAUGAAUGCGGGCUUUCGAGCUGUAAGAAAAAUCCACAAUGAUUUUGGAAAGGAGUGCUCCUAAAACAAAACUCAGUGGAGAAUUUUUGCCUGAGCAGGGGCGCAGGAUUAGAUCUCAUACACUGUUUUGAAAAAUUCUUAAGAUUCAGAAGUUUAUUUUGUAUUUAUUUUUCUACUUGAGGCCACAGUUGGUGAUUUUAAGGAAAUGGAAAGCUGCAGGGGGGCCUGGAAAAUUAGACUGGCCAUUCGAGUUUGUGGGUAUGUUUACUCUAACUCUGAGAAUAUGGGUUGCCCCAAGGGCAACGUGUAUUACAGGUUGCUAAAUAAAUAUAUGUUUAAAAGCC